CCCCGGCGCGUGCGCAGUGCGGCGCGGUGCCGCGGUGCCGUUAGCCGCCGCUAUGUGCAGGGAAUAACGCCGGGGCCGUUGCCAGAGGGACACCGAGCGCUCCGCCCUCGCUCCGCAUCCCGCGGGAUGCCGGCUCGCUGAGCACCCGCUAGCGACGGCCCCUCCCCGGCGCGCGAGCCUCCUCGGAGGGGAUGACGUAGCUUUGCCAAGGAUUUAUCAGCUAAGCAGAAAAUGAGCUUAACAUCCUGGUUUUUGGUGAGCAGUGGAGGCACCCGACAUAGGCUGCCACGAGAAAUGAUUUUUGUUGGAAGAGAUGACUGUGAGCUGAUGUUACAGUCACGGAGUGUGGACAAGCAACAUGCUGUACUCAACUAUGAUGCCUCUACAGAUGAACACCUGGUGAAGGAUUUGGGCAGCUUGAAUGGGACAUUUGUGAACGAUGUGAGGAUUCCAGAACAGACAUACAUCACUCUGAAGUUAGAAGAUAAAUUGAGAUUUGGAUAUGAUACUAACCUUUUUACUGUGGUCAGGGGAGAGAUGAGAGUCCCUGAAGAAGCACUUAAGCAUGAAAAAUUCUCAAGCCAACUCCAAUUGUCCCAAAAAUCUUCAGAGGCAGAAGGAUCGAAACAAAGCAGCUCCAAAAGUUCAGAAUCCAAGGUAACAGAUUCCACAGCUGAAGUGCACCACAAAACUACUGAAGCACUGAAAUCUGAAGAAAAAUCAGUGGAUAUUUCUGCCAUGCCUCGUGGGACACCUUUGUACGGACAGCCAGCCUGGUGGGGUGAAGAUGAAGCGGAUGAAAAAGGUGGUUGUAAGCCAGAUAGCAAGCAUGAAGAAAAAAUGCCUGAGACAGGGGCUUCAGGAUGCAGCACAGAUGCCAAGAAAUCUGAAGAGCAAUCUGCAUCUGCAAGUGAAGAACUUUAUCCUUUCUGCAGGGAGCCCAGUUAUUUUGAAAUCCCUACUAAAGAAUGCCAGCAAGCUUCACAGGUAGCAGAGAGCACUAUUCAUGAAAUUCCCACAAAAGAUACCCAAAGCUCCCACGCAGCAGCUUCAGGGCACGCUUCCUUUACCAUUGAAUUUGAUGACAACACUCCAGGAAAAGUAAAGAUCAAAGAUCAUGUGACAAAAUUCACGUCGGAGCAGCGUCACAAGUCAAAGAAACCUUCUUCCUCCGGCGGUCAGGACCUGCCGGGGCUCCAGACGGUGAUGAUGGCUGCUGAGAGCAAAGUGGCAGAUUGGCUUGCGCAGAACAAUCCUCCGAGAAUGAUAUGGGAGCCAACGGAGGAGGACUCCAAAAGUAUUAAGAGUGAUGUUCCAGUGUACUUGAAAAGGCUGAAAGGGAAUAAGCAUGAUGAUGGCACACAAAGUGAUUCAGAAAAUAUUGGUGCACACCGGCACUACAGUAAACGGGCAGCACUGGAAGAGCACUUAAGGCACCAUCAUACAGAGCUGAAAAAGUCACACCAGAAAGUCCAUUCCACAGAAAAGCAGCAAGAGCAAGCUGGUUUGAGUCAGACUGCCUUUAUGAUUGAGUUUUUUGAUGAAGACCAUCCUCGCAAGAGACGUUCUUACUCUUUUUCUCAGAAUGUAGGAGCUCUAUGCCCAGAAUCUCCAUCUCCAACAUCUCAUGCACGAGCUGAAAGAGUGAAACCUGCAUCAGGAGAGAAAGUCCCUUCACCUGUGCAAGCUAGCUCCUCACAUCACAGAGCAGUACAUGGUGUUCAUGCCAAACUUCUAAGCCAGAAAUCAGAAGAAUCCUCUGCUGCGUUGCCUGCCUUACAAGCUGCAUUGUUAAGGAGUUCAGGAAGCCUUGGCCAUAGGCCUAAUCAGAACCAGGAGAUGGACAAAAAGUUGAAGAGCCAACAUAUUUCUGCUGCUAGUGAAAAGGACAAUGAGGAUGACCAGAGCGACAAAGGUACUUACACUAUUGAGUUGGAAAAUCCCAAUCCUGAAGAAGUGGAAGCCCGCAAAAUGAUUGACAAGGUAUUUGGAGUGGAUGGCAGCCAGGAUUAUAAUAGGCCUGUUAUCAACGAGAACCAGAAAGAUUUAGUAAAAGAUUGGGCUAUAAAUUCUGCUACAGUAGUGCUGGAAGAAAAAAGACCACUGAGUACAACUGGAUUUCUUGACACAGAGGAAGGUUCUGCUAACCCUGGAAGUAAACGUUGGAUAUCGCAGUGGGCCAGUUUGGCUGCUAAUCACACACGUCAUGACCAAGAUGACCUGAGAUUGGAGUCCUCUGUGCCUGCUCCUUUGGAAAAUGAUACAGACAUCAGUGAGUCUGGUAUUUCUGUUAGAAGUGCUGGUUCAGCUACUUCUAUGACCAGCCAAGGUGAGCGAAAGAGGAGGACACUUCCACAGCUUCCCAUAGAAGAGAAAGUAAAUGAAAGUUUAAAACCAAAAACUGUAUCUCAUCAGAGGUCAGAAAUAGGUGAAAAGCAAGACACUGAACUUCAGGAGAAAGAAACUCCAGCUCGUGCUUCAGAUGCUAAGUCAAGCAGAACAAUGAAUGGUCUUUCACCCAAAGCUACUGGAGAAAAAGUGUUUUCUUUUCCCAGCUCUUCUAGUAAAGAGAGGGUUGAAACUGGCAGAGAAAUUUCUGUGGUGAAACAAGCUUUAGCAAAAAUUCAGCAACAAGAAAGAAAGGAGCAAGGACACUGGACACCCUCGAAAUUAUCCUCUACAAAAUGUGCUGCAAACCAGGUUGAGAAAGGUCGGGAGGAGAUUGUUAUGUCACCCAAAACUUUGGAUAAUCAAGAAAAUGCUCCUGGACAUGUUACAGAUAAAUCAGAAAUUAAAUUGGCACAGAUUGAGGGAAAAAGAAGAAAAAAUGAUGAAGUGAUUAGAGGACAAAGUCCUAAAGUACUUGGAGGAGACAAAAAGGAAUCUUCAAAACCCUUAGUGAGGCAAGGUAGCUUUACUAUAGAUAAGCCUAGCACAAAUAUACCUAUAGAACUUAUUCCUCACAUUAAUAAGCAGAGUGGUUCUGCUGCCCCUUUAGUAUCUGCAAGCAGGUUACGUGACAGAAGUGAUUCAAUGGACACUGAUUCCAGUAUAGAUACAACACUCAUUUUAAAAGACACAGAAGCUGUAAUGGCUUUCCUUGAAGCUAAAUUGCGUGAAGAAAAUAAAACUGAUGAAGGUCCUGACACGCCUAGUUAUAACAGAGAUAAUUCCAUAUCACCAGAAUCAGAUGUUGAUACAGCCAGCACUAUCAGUCUAGUUACUGGUGACACUGAAAGAAAAUCCACACAGAAGCGGAAGAGCUUUACAAACCUAUAUAAAGAUAGAUGUUCCACUGGUUCCCCUUCAAAGGAUGUUUUAAAAUCUUCUACAAGUGCUAGAGAAAAGAUUGAGAAGAAAACUAAGAGUCGAUCUUCAGAUGGUGGGUCUAGAGCUGAGGCUCGCAAAACUGUGCAAUCCAGUGGAAGAAUGAGGCAACCGUCAGUAGAUUUAACAGAUGAUGACCAAACAUCCAGUGUACCUCAUUCUGCCAUUUCCGAUAUCCUAUCAUCUGACCAGGAAACCUACUCUGGCAAAUCACAUGGAAGAGUUCCUUUUGCCUCAGCAGAUGAACUUGUACAUUCCAAGAUGGAAGGAAAGUCAGCUAAAUCAAAAACCUCUCCUGUUGGACUUGGGCAGUCCAGUAAAUCUACCACUCUUCCAAGACCUCGUCCCACAAGGACUUCUCUCUUGCGCAGAGCGCGCCUUGGUGAAGUCUCAGACAGUGAGCUUGCUGAUGCUGAUAAGGCUUCAGUCGCUUCCGAAGUGUCCACUACAAGCUCUACAUCAAAACCUCCAUCAGGGAGGAGAAACAUUUCCAGAAUAGACUUACUCGCUCAACCUCGCAGGAAUCGGCUUGGCUCUCUAUCGGCACGUAGCGAUUCUGAAGCAACAAUAACCAGGAGCACUGCCUCGUCACGUACUCCAGAAGCAAUCAUCAGAAGUGGUUCAAGGCUGCUCUCAGGAGGAGAUAGCGCUAAAGUUUCUGCUAGAACUCGAGCCAAUAGCAUUUCUCGACUUUCGGAUUCAAAAUCCAAAUCCUUGGCUUCGGCUCAUAAUUCUCCCUCAGUAAGUGCAAGAUGGAGGCGCUUUCCUACAGAUUAUGCUUCCACCUCAGAAGAUGAAUUCGGAUCAAACCGUAAUUCCCCUAAACAUGCCCGUCUGCGUACCUCUCCAGCCCUGAAAACCGCGCGACUGCAGAGCGCUGGGACAGCAGCUCAAAGCAGCAACACCUUCAAGCACAGGAUAAAGGAGCAGGAAGACUACAUUCGUGACUGGACUGCCCACCGGGAAGAGAUAGCAAGGAUCAGUCAAGAUCUGGCUCUCAUCGCACGGGAAAUCAACGAUGUAGCAGGAGAGAUAGAUUCAGUGACUUCAUCAGGCACUGCCCCCAGUACCACAGUAAGCACUGCUGCCACCACCCCUGGCUCUGCCAUAGACACUAGAGAAGAGGUAGGAGAUCUUCAUGGAGAAAUGCAUAAGUUGGUGGACCGAGUAUUUGAUGAAAGUCUCAAUUUUAGAAAAAUCCCUCCAAUAGUGCAUGCGAAAGCCCCGGAAGGGAAUGGUCGGCCUAGUGAUGCCAGACCUCAGCUGACAGAGGCCCUCGAUCCCCCAACAAUUACCCGCAGAAGGACUUGGAGCAGAGAUGAAGUUAUGGGGGACAGUUUGCUGUUGUCCUCAGUCUUCCAGUUUUCUCGCAAGAUAAGACAAUCCAUAGACAAAACAGCUGGCAAAAUCAGAAUAUUAUUUAAGGACAAAGACAGAAAUUGGGAAGAAAUUGAAAACAAGUUACGAGCUGAAAGUGAAGUUCCUAUUGUGAAAACAUCAAGCAUGGAAAUAUCAUCAAUCUUACAGGAACUGAAACGAGUUGAGAAGCAGCUGCAAGCAAUUAAUGCCAUGAUUGACCCUGAUGGUACCCUGGAUGCUCUGAGCAACUUGGGAUUCGCCAGCCCCAUCUUACCAGCUCAGCCGAAGCCGAAGUCCAGCCCUGUUUCCCAAGGCCCCCGCCCGGCAGCGCAGCCAAACUGCCAGCCCGAGGCCCGGGCUCGUCCUGCCGCCGGCCCUGUGGCAGCUGAAUUGGAAAAUGCUGAGUCCGAGGCAGAUUUCAGCAUACAUUUCAAUAGGUUUAACCCAGAUGGGGAAGAAGAAGAUGCCACCCUGCGUGAGUGACAUCUCAGUGUUUGAUACAAAAACCUUUCAUGUGGAAUGUUUAGAAAUCAAGGAAAACUUGUAAUGUUUGUUUUUAUAAUUAAAAAAAAAAGGCUUGGUCAAGCAGCAGUUGUUUUAUUAAACCAGUUUUCUUUAAUUGUGAUGCUUUGAUUGUCACACAAAUCUUUUUCAAAUCAUAAAGAUAUGCAUAGAUACCAAUGUAGGAAAGCAGAUUGUGGCAGGUUUGCCCUUUGUGGUUGUGUGCUUUGCAAAAGAAUUAUUAUAUCAGCAGUUUUCCCUUAAUAGAUUUAUUUCUUUUCAAAAGCCAUGUAAGCAGUCUAACAUUUACUGAAAACCCCAAAUCUCUUUGCCGAGCUGCUCUGAUGAACAGACUUCCUCCUCUAAAGCUUGUACAGAACUGUUGAACAGUUAUGUUUGAUUCUGAAUUAGAUGAUUUAUAUAGGAAACAUUAUCUUUGACUACAAUGACACAUUACUGCAAAAGUAAGACAGAUUUCAGAAAGCAUUCAUUCUCAUGUACUGGAAAAUCUCAAACAGUUCUGUGGUUUAUGUAACCUUGUUGCUGCGUAAAUUGUCUUGGGGUUUACAAAUAAGUUCACAUAUUAUGUUUGCACUAAGAUUUGCUGGGAGUGGUAGGUGAACAUAUCGAUAUCGUUGAACAGCAAGCAGUGUUUUGGUGUACAUAGAAAACUGAUAAUACUGUCCUUGUAUUAUCAUUACAGUGUUUUAAUCCACUUUCUGAAAAGACUAUUUGGCACUUUUUGAUCUUCUUCAAAAGUCUUUUUGAUGUUAAUGAAAGUAGAAGUAUUUCAUAUCUCAUUUCUGUCCAAAUCUUUGUUGAAACUAACUAGGAAAUAAAUUUGAACGUACAGCAAUGUGGGACAUUUUAAAGCAUAUUGAGGCAAAUGGGCUCUCACCAAUCCAAAUGCAACGUAAACUUACAGAAGAAAUUAUUGUUUAUUUGGAAUGAUCAUGAGAUGUAAAAUUUUCUUUAGGGAACUUGGAAAUAGAGUUGUCAUGAUUUGCUUGAUCGAUAGAUGCACUCCCAAGCAAGUGAUUUUAUUUGUUUCUGUAUAUUUUCCUGUAGUCUUGCUAGUAAAGCUGUCCCUGUCUUACAUAUUUAAAAGGAUUCUGGACAACGACUGCUAACAUGGACGUUUUGCUUAUACCACUGAAAAGCAAGUCUAUUUAAAGUUUCCUAUAUAAGCCUAUUUUCCUUAUCAGUUGUCCCAGUAACUUAACAUUUGGAAAUAAUGAAAAAAAUUAAAGUAAAUUACUUUGUAUUUCCAGAACACUGUAAUUUGGAGGAAUGUUUUUUCUGUUAAAUGUAACUAAUAGACUGGAAUUUUCUUAUGUUUGCAUCAGUCUCUAUAUAUUAAGGUUAAAGAUACAGUUUUGCAGCUUUUAUGAAAUGGUCUUUAAUAUUUCAGCAAUAAUCCUAUAUGAGAUUUGUUUUUAAAAAACCUACUUUCUGUACGCUUUUAAAUUGUACAGGCUUUCAGAAAUCAGUAAAAGUUGGACCAGUUAAUAAAGAUGCAAAAACUUUUUUUGUAGAGAUGUAAAAACAAAACCACUAAUCUGUUGUAUAAUGGAUUUCAUAUUUUCUUUAAAAAAAAUUAAAAGCAAACAGUCUUCAUGUAUGACUCAAUAUGCUCUACUCCAGCUAACUGUGGGAGCCUGGAUGACACUAGUUUACAGAGGCUACAGGAAAACUUCUUGAAGGUGCAGAAGGGCAAAAAUAGAUGGAAACUAGAGCUAAGUGUUGAAAACUGAGUGUACCAAACCAUCACCAUAAUUCCUUCUUUUGUUUAAUGCUUGGGAACAUAAUUUUUCUGCAGAUUCAAGUGGAAAGUAGGAAAUGGCUAGGAAGGAUUAAAGGUGCAGGCUCUUCAUACAAAAUUCUGUUUGUGUUAUUUCAGGCGUUUUUACCUUUAUGUUGUGUAAUAAGCAUUUUGCAUUACUAUGUUAUUAUUUUGUAUGGACAUGUUCUCUUUAUUUAUUUUUGUUACAUUUAUUAUGUAUGUUAUUUUGUUAUAUGCAUUUACAACUCCAUUUUUAAAUAAAGUGUUUCUGGAACUU